AUGAGAUUUAACGUCAACUCUACUCUGCUUGCCGCCACUCUGGCUCUCUCCGCUGCUCAGACGGGCUUGGCUGCUCCCACGCCGCAGGACUUGAGCAGCAUCCCCGUCAUUGGACCUUUGCUCUCCGGAGCGACUGGCGCUGCAGCUGGUUCCGGUGCUAGCAAUCCCUUGAGCGCCAUCCCCGUCGUUGGACCUUUGCUCUCUGGAGCAAGUGGCAGUGCUAAUACUACCGCGGCUACUACCGCCAACCCCUUGGCCGGCCUCUUGUCGAGCAUUCCCGGACUCGGAUCUUUGCUCGGCGGAGCGGGUGGCGCUACAGCUAGUUCCGGUGCUAGCAAUCCCUUGAGCGCCAUCCCCGUCGUUGGAUCUUUACUCUCCGGAGCGACUGGCGCUGCAACUGGUUCUGGUGCUGGUAAUCCCUUGGGCAGCCUUUUGUCGCUCGGCACUGGCCUCUUGGGUCGAAGCACUGACUCUUCUACUGCUGCGUAA